CCCUAUGACAACGCCGUACAGCCAGUCGUGAUUUAAGAUAAGAAAGUCAUGACGGAAUAAAUCAGUUCUUAUUUUACAGGACUUUUAGUGCCAGUUUCACAAAACUUGAAGACGCCAAUUCGAAAUGAUUUCACUCGGACUUUUCGUUCUUUUGCAGAUUUCAGUCGUUGUUAGGGGCACCCCACAUCCCAAUCAUGGACACCCCACCCAAACAACAAUUCCUAGCGGUGGAGAAGUAGACGCAGCUAUUGCGAAUAUCAACACCCUCUACACCGACGCCCUGUGUCUCGAGCUUCUAUUGGUCGACUGCGCUACCCACGUAACUAAGGGCGAUGAGCAAGUGUGUGGCUCCAAUGGGGUUACCUAUGGCAACCACUGCCAUUUCACCCACGCUUUGUGCGAGACCCUACAUUAUGCUGGGCAUAAAAUAACCCUCCAAAACCACGGCGCAUGUCCAAACACCACGGCCCCUCCAAGCACCGUCGCCACCGUCGCUACCACUACAGUGACACAUGGAACAGGUUCUGGUCACACUGACGCAACAACCACUUCCGCUCCAAAGACGACCUCUUCCGCUCCAACGACCACGGACCCAAUCGCUGCCAUUGUUCAAAAUGUCUUCUGCAGCAAUCUCGGUUCCGUAACAUGCUCGGGUGGUUUUGACGUCAUAUGUGGGUCAGACGGAAAUUACUAUCCAAACCAGUGCGAACUCUCAAAAGCCAGGUGUCAUAACGCCGCGCUGACCAUCGUAACCGACACUAGCAAGUGCCAGGCCAACAUUGGUUGAGGAAAGUAGGCGUUCUUUAAUAAAGAAUAAACGUCUUUGAUGAA